AUGUAUAUGUCUUUGGACUCCGAAACAAAACAUUCCUUAGGGUGGAAGGUGUACAACGCAUGCCUGCAAUCAAUUCCAAUUUGGAUGCAAAAAGAACUACAUUGUCGUGUCGUGAAUGACUUUUUACCGACACAAAAUUUAGCAUUUGCACGACUUUUCAUUUUUUCGAUCGAUUCAAACACGUCGUUUUUUUCAACAACACUUGCAAACGAACCAACCAACAACAAAGGACAUCACCCAACACAUAUAUCCAAUUCCUUUCCGCCAAUGGUCGUUUUAGCAGCUUCAAUCUGUACCCGUGGUGGUAAACCAUUAUUAUCAAGACAAUUCAGAGACAUUUCCAAAGACAGAAUUACUGCCCUUUUGGCUAAUUUCCCAAGUUUGAUUUCCAAUUCAUCAAGUCAACAUACCACCGUUGAAGAUGAGAAUGUCAGAUAUGUUUAUCAACCAUUGGAAGAGUUCUACAUUGUUUUAAUCUCAAACAAGACUUCCAACAUAUUGCAAGAUAUUGAUACUUUACAUCUUUUCGCCUCAGCUGUCAGUAACUUGUUACGAAAUGUUGAUGAACGAGAAAUUUUUGAUUGUGCGUUCGAUAUAAUUGAUGCAUUUGAUGAAAUUAUUAAUAUGGGAUAUAAAGAGAACUUAACUAUUAGUCAAGUUCAGACAUUUUUGGAAAUGCAUUCUCAUGAAGAGAAAAUCCAAGAAAUUAUUGAAAGAAAUAAAGAAUUUGAAGCUGCUGAAGAGAGGAAAAGAAGAGCUAAGGAGAUUCAAAGAAGAGAAUUGGCUAAUAGAAACAACGAUGAUUUUGGUCAAAGAUUUGGUGGUUCCGGUGGUGCCUCGUAUUCGAACUUGAGUCAACCUACUACACAACCAGUUUAUCAACCUCCUUUACCUAUCGAAACAGAAAAAGAACCCAAAUCUACGUUCACCUCAAGACCAAGAGGUGGUGGACUACAAUUGGGUAAAAAAACAAAUAAGCCAAUUGCACCAGUUAAUGAACCAUUAUUGAGUAAUCAACCCGCCUUCAGCAAGCCAUCCUCAUCGGCAACUCCACAAUAUCAACAAUCACCUGCACCGGCAUCCAAAACAGCUUCUCCUGGACCACAAGCUCCAAAAAUACCCAACAAUGGUAUACUUGUUACUGUUAAUGAAAAAGUCAAUGCUCGUUUAUCUCGUGAAGGAUCAGUUGUAUCCUCCGAAGUCAAAGGUGAUUUACAAUUGAGAAUCAAUGACCAAUCAUUAGCCAAUGCAAAGAUAUUGUUGAAGAUCGGUGAUAAAGCCGACAAGAAACAAUACAAGACCCACCCAAAUGUUGAUCGUAACUUGUUUCAAAAUGAAAGUAUAUUGACCGUGAAGGAUAAAUCCAAAACAUUCCCAUCGAAUGAUCAAGCUUUGGGUGUUUUGAGAUGGAGAUAUGUUGGUAAACAAGAUGAUUUGACUUCAAUUCCGGUGUUGAUUACCGCUUGGGUCAAUAUCGAUGAUAACUCUACUGCUCAAGUUACGCUAGAGUAUGAAUUAACGUCUGAUUUCACUUCAUCACAUCCAAAUGAAACUUUUAAAGUUGAGAAUGUUAAAGUAUUGAUUCCAAUUGUAAGUCACGAUGUUGUUUUACAAGAAGGUAACGAUGCUAUAUCUUAUGACAUUUUGGAUCAGACUGGAAUUGUAUUCAACAUCGGUUCAAUUGUUCUUGAUGACCCACAAGGUUCAUUUGAAUUUGCUGUACCCGUUGAAGGUGGCGACGAAGAAUCGUUGUUCCCCUUGGAAGUACAAUUUGAUAUCAACAAUGUUGAUUUGGUUGAAAGUGACAUUUCAUUGGGCGGUGUAUCUAUAAUUGACGUGGUUUCAAAUGACGAGGAUGAGAAAUCGUUGCCGUUUGAUUUACAUGCCAAUGUCAUUUCAGAAAGUUAUAUAAUAGAAUAA